UUAUAUUCAGAUCUUGAAUCGAGCACAGCACAGGACAAAAUGGCGGUCGGGUAGAGGAUUUUUGAUGCCCUCUACCUAAAUUUCCCGUGACAGCAUUAGUGGAAGCGUUUGAGAUAUGUGGAGAUGGUUACAUAGCCUGCCGAGGGUUGUACGUCAGCAGUGUAAUGGUUCUGGAGCCUCGGCAGGCAUUCAUGUUGAAGAACUUAAUGACAAAAAAGACUUCAAGAAAUCUGAAAGGCAUUCCUGUCAGUGGAAGAGUCACUGCAGACAGAAGGAAGAUGAGCAGGAUGGGAAACAUGGAUCUCGGCCGGAUGCCCAUGACUUCUGGAGGAUGGUCCAUGGUCCACACACCCCUAUAGAUGCUAUUGGACUGGGAGGUGUUGUGGCACUAGGUGUGCAGAUGGGACACUUCACAUGUCUUCAUAAAAAACACAAGGACCCAGUUGGAGCUAGGAAGCACUGCUUAUUAUCAACAAUUGUUCUUCAUGCCCUACCAACCACCAGUGACAGUAAACAUCCAACAACACAAAGACAAAUUGUUAACAGACAGGAUGCAACUCGCAGUAAACAUUCCGUGGGUAGUUACAGGUUACAAACAGUCGAGGAACAUGUGGAAACAGACCGUACUCAAGAGGUUGUCAAGGAAACGCAGCAAUUAGAAAGCUUAGAAGAAGCCUUCAAAAACUUUGAAGAUGUUUGUCAGAAGUAUACUGCUACAGGCAAAGGGAUUAUGGGAACACAAGAGGCCCAGCAAGGCAACUUGAAAUCUGCUGCUGCAUUAUGGGAAGAAGCUAGCAAACUAGGAAACACCAAGUCCCGCUUUAACCUUGCUGUUUGUUAUGAGACUGGUAGAGGAGUGAAGCAAAACCUUGGAGAGGCUGUGAGGUGGUAUAGACUGGCAGCAGAGGAUCUUCACCCUCAAGCCAUGUACAAUCUAGGUCAGAUGUAUCUUGAGGGAUCUUUACACACACCAAGAGAUCCACACAGGGGCAUUCAGCUUAUCUCUGCAGCUGCCGACUUUGGACUGUCUGAGGCACAGUGUUACCUAGGAGUACAUUACACAGAAGAACAUACAGAGAAUGUGUCUAAAGCUGUUCAUUAUCUCAAACUGGCUUCUAAUCAACAGAACCCUGAAGCCCAGUAUUUCCUAGGUCUGUGCUACCAGCAUGGAUAUGGUGUAGAAGAGAAUUUGUGUAAGGCUUCAGAUCUGUUCAGCAAAGCUGCAGGGAGUGGCCACCCAGAUGCCACAUACAGUCUGGCUGUUUUCCAUCAAGAAGGGCUUGGAGGAUUACCCCAAGACAAACACUGUGCUGAGAGGUUGAUGAAGAAAGCUGCAGACAGUGGGUGCCAAGAUGCGAUUAAAGAAAUCCAAAAGACUAAGAAACCCGUGAACAACUUGUCAACUGUGAUACAACAAUCCGCAGACACAUUCUCAAGAAAACUUUACUAUGGAGAACAGUCUACGAAUGUAACUUAUCAGUUUAAAUUGAACAGUAGUGUAUCGUCCCCUUGCCUUACAGACCUGCUCAGAGAAAACCUGAUUCCAUUGAAAAAAGACUUGGUUUGUGAUCCUGUCUCUGAUACAGGGACUCUUUCCAAGCUGUACACACAGCUCAUGGUGCCUCGGGGCUUCACCAUGUCUCCGUCAGUCACAAAAGUAAAAGAAUCGAGGAGCCCCAGUCCUGUAGAAGGUGACUCGGACUCCGGGGUGGUGUUCAAACUUGGUUGGUACACUGAAGAUGAUGAGGAAUGUAGAAGCCGUAGCAGCAGCGAGGUUGAUGUUGCCAAUCCAGGCACAACAUGUUCACUUCUUCAUAGAAGGACCUCAACUAUGCCAGACCUGAAUAUAAUACCAUGUAUUUGAUUAUGGUAUAUGGGUUAAUUAUUGCCCAUGUAUAUACACUUCUAAAUAUGUGUGUGUCAUGAAGUUGCCAUUGUUUUUUCUGUUGAUCUGAUUUGAUACUCAUUGAUAAAAAAAAACUUUUAAGAAGAUGGUUAAUAGGGUGUGUUCUGUCUGUCAUAUACACUUACAGAUAUGUAAAGAUAUAGGGCAAAGUUUGCUAUUUUAGUUCAUUUAACAUUACAGUACACUUGACAAAUCAUGUAGGGCAGUACUCAUUUUGCCAGAUUCGUAAAAAUUUCCCACAAUAUAUAUUUAAAAAUGGACAAACUUU